CAGACACUCCAUCUCAUGAGAGUUGUUUUCUUUCGCAGUCCAGUGACACAGGAUGACCCUAAGCGUCACAGCCUCAGCAAGCACCGGAAUGAGUCCCCCCAGCCCUUCACAGGGACGGCCGAGCAGUCUCCAGAAUCCUUGGUCAGGCUGGAUGCACCCCCGUCGGCCUGCCCACGGCACAUGAGGAUCAAAAACUGGGGCAGUGGGAUGACUUUCCAAGACACGCUUCACCACAGGGCCAAAGAGGAUUUCACUUGCAAGUCCAAGUGUUGCUUGGGAUCCAUCAUGAACUCCAAAAGUUUGACCAGAGGACCCCGGGACAAGCCUACCUCCCCAGAGGAGCUUCUACCUCAAGCUAUCGAAUUUGUCAACCAGUAUUACAGUUCCUUCAAAGAGGCAAAAAUAGAGGAACAUCUGGCCAGGGUGGAAGCCGUAACAAAGGAGAUAGAAACAACAGGAACCUACCAGCUGACAGGAGAUGAGCUCAUCUACGCCACCAAGCAGGCCUGGCGCAACGCCCCGCGCUGCAUCGGGAGGAUCCAGUGGUCCAACCUGCAGGUCUUCGACGCCCGGAGCUGCUCCACUGCCCAGGAAAUGUUCGCGCACAUCUGCAGGCACCUGCGCUAUGCCACCAACAACGGCAACAUCAGGUCGGCCAUCACUGUGUUCCCCCAGCGCAGCGACGGGAAGCAUGACUUCCGUGUCUGGAACUCUCAGCUCAUCCGCUAUGCCGGCUACCAGAUGCCUGAUGGCACCAUCAGGGGGGACCCUGCCUGCGUGGAGUUCACCCAGCUGUGCAUUGACCUGGGCUGGAAACCCAAGUACGGCCGCUUCGAUGUGGUGCCUCUGGUCCUGCAGGCCGGUGGCCGCGACCCUGAGCUCUUCGAAAUCCCGCCUGACCUUGUGCUCGAGGUGCCUAUGGAACAUCCCAAGUACGAGUGGUUCGAGGAGCUGGGGCUGAGGUGGUACGCCCUGCCUGCAGUGUCCAACAUGCUGCUCGAGGUGGGUGGCCUCGAGUUCCCAGGGUGCCCCUUCAAUGGCUGGUACAUGGGCACAGAGAUCGGCGUCCGGGACUUCUGUGACGUCCAGCGCUACAACAUCCUGGAGGAAGUAGGCAGAAGAAUGGGCCUGGAAACGCACAAGUUGGCCUCACUCUGGAAAGACCAGGCUGUCGUUGAGAUCAACGUCGCUGUGCUGCACAGUUUCCAGAAGCAAAAUGUGACCAUCAUGGACCACCACUCAGCUGCGGAGUCCUUCAUGAAGUACAUGCAGAAUGAGUACCGGUCCCGAGGGGGCUGCCCUGCCGACUGGAUUUGGCUGGUGCCUCCGAUUUCUGGAAGCAUCACCCCCGUGUUUCACCAGGAGAUGUUAAACUACAUCCUGUCCCCUUUCUACUACUACCAGGUGGAGGCCUGGAAAACCCAUGUCUGGCAGGACGAGACGCGGAGACCCCGGAGAAGAGAGAUCCGAUUCCCAGUCUUGGUGAAGGCUGUGCUCUUUGCCUCUAUGCUGAUGCGAAAGACCAUGGCGGCCCGAGUCAGAGCCACCAUCCUCUUUGCGACGGAAACAGGAAAAUCAGCGACGCUGGCCCAGGACCUCGGGGCCCUGUUCAGCUGUGCCUUCAACCCCAAGGUUCUCUGCAUGGACGAGUACAGGCUGAGCAGCCUGGAGGAGGAGCAACUGCUGCUGGUGGUGACCAGCACAUUUGGAAACGGAGACUCCCCUGGCAAUGGAGAGAAACUGAAGAAAUCUCUCUUCAUGCUGAAAGAGCUCACCAACAAGUUCAGGUAUGCUGUGUUUGGCCUCGGUUCCAGCAUGUACCCUCAGUUCUGCGCCUUCGCUCAUGAUGUCGACCAGAAGUUGUCCCACCUGGGAGCGUCUCAGCUCACGCCGACAGGGGAAGGGGACGAUCUCAGUGGGCAGGAAGAGGCCUUCCGCAGCUGGGCUGUGCAGACCUUCAAGGCCGCCUGUGAGGCGUUCGACGUCCGAGGCAAACACCGGAUUCAGCUCCCCAAGCUCUACACCGCCAGUGUGACCUGGAGCCCCCUCCACUGCAGGCUCGUGCAGGGCUCACAGCCCUUGGACCUCAACAAAGCCCUCAGCAGCAUGCACGCCAAGAAUGUGUUCACCAUGAAGCUCAAAUCGCGGCAGAAUCUCCAGAGUCCGAAAUCCAGCCGCACCACGCUCCUGGUGGAACUCUCCUGGGAGGGCCGCCAAGGUCUCAGCUACCGGCCCGGAGAGCACCUGGGGGUUUUCCCAAGCAACCAGCCGGCCCUGGUCCAAGGCAUUUUGGAGCGAGUGGUGGACGGCCCUGCACCCCACCAACCCGUGUGCCUGGAGACCCUCAGUGAAACUGGCAGCUACUGGGUCCAGGACAAGCGGCUGCCCCCCUGCUCGCUCAGCCAGGCCCUUGCCUACUUCCUGGACAUCACCACCCCUCCAACCCAGCUGCUGCUCCGAAAGCUGGCCCAGCUGGCCACAGAAGAGGCCGAGAGGCAGAGGCUACAGACCCUGUGCCAGCCCUCAGAGUACAACAAGUGGAAGUUCACCAACAGUCCCACCUUCCUGGAGGUGCUGGAGGAGUUCCCGUCCCUGCGGGUAUCCGCCAGCUUCCUGCUCUCCCAGCUCCCUGUCCUGAAACCCCGGUACUACUCCAUCAGCUCCUCCAGGGACCGCACACCCACAGAGGUCCACCUUACCGUGGCCGUGCUCACCUACCGCACCCGAGAUGGCCAGGGUCCCCUGCACCACGGUGUCUGCAGUACAUGGCUCAGCAGCCUGAAGCCCCAAGACCCAGUGCCCUGUUUUGUACGAAGUGCCAGCGGCUUCCAGCUCCCUGAGGACCCCUCCCGUCCUUGCAUCCUCAUUGGGCCUGGCACGGGCAUUGCCCCCUUCCGCAGUUUCUGGCAGCAGCGGCUCCAUGACAUUGAGCACAAAGGGCUCCAAGGCGGCCGCAUGACCCUGGUGUUCGGGUGCCGGCGCCCAGACGAGGACCACCUCUAUCAGGAGGAGAUGUUAGAGAUGGCCCGGAAGGGGGUGCUGCAUGGGGUGCACACAGCCUAUUCUCGACUGCCUGGCCAGCCCAAGGUCUACGUUCAAGACAUCCUUCAGCAGCAGCUGGCCGGCGAGGUGCUCCACAUGCUCCACAGAGAGCAAGGCCACCUCUAUGUCUGUGGGGACGUGCACAUGGCCCGGGAUGUGGCCCAUACCCUGAAGCAGCUGGUGGCUGCCAAGCUGAGCCUGAGUGAGGAGCAGGUCGAGGACUAUUUCUUCCAGCUUAAGAGCCAGAAGCGCUAUCACGAAGAUAUCUUCAGUGCUGUAGUGCCCUACAAGGUGAGAAAGGACGGGGCGGCGGGGCCGCCUGGUGAUCCCAGAGCUCCAGCAGCCCACAGGAGGUGUUAA